AUGGGCCUUGAACGUACCGGAGCAGGAGGUGGCGCGUCGGCAACAUGUCGGGGCAGGGGUGUUUGGAGGGCUCGUACGCUUUCCUCGCUGCGCCUUCCCUUGCCACUGCUGCUGGCGGUGCUGCUGGUACUGGUCAACGUGGCGCUUCGAGGCGCUGUUCAGGCUGAUAUCGUGCAUGGAUUGGCAGUGGUCCAGCCCCGUUUGGUACUUGAACAACAACAACAACAACUCGAUCCGUUUCGAAACAUGACCGCGCCACGGACCUGGCCCGCACUCCUGGUUCAAUGGCUCGGCCCCUGGGCCGACUUUGCGCCGAGUUAUCAAACCUCGCAUCGGGUUUACCCCGCAAAGGCCGAUUCCCGGGCGCUCGGCUCAGCGACACCCCUGCCCGUCUUUGAACUGCUGCAACGACCCGGCACGCUGACAGCCCUCGUGCAAGACGACGCCGGCGCCCUCGUCUAUCGUUCAGACACUCAAGUUGCGCCCAUCCCGCCAGACCUCAAUACUUGGGACAAACUGUUUCAACACAUUCAAACCCACCAACCCACCAGCUCUCUGGUCAUUUUUCCCGAGCGCUUCUCUCACACGUUUGCCCUCGACCUUGACCCCUGGCUCUACGACGACUAUUACCAAGCCCUGACCGACGCCUUCAACGUCCCUGUAACGCAACAUGUCUACAUUACCGGCCCCGCCGGUCGUGCCCUCAACCCGCACACCGAUGGCGGUGAUGUCUUUGUUCGCCAGAUAUCCGGGUCCAAACAUUGGCAACUCUGCGUCCCCCGCCUCCAGGACCCCUCGGUUUGCCAACCCUCCGCCCCCUCCCCCACGGCUCACCCGUGCACCGAUGGUGCCCGCGCUCGCUACGCCGAAUGGAAACGCGACCAAUUUGAGGGUUGCACCCCGUACACCAUGGGCCAGCUUGCUGACAUGGACUGCAGCAACAUCACCCUGCACCCAGGAGAUACCCUCUACCUCCCACGUGGCAUCGUCCAUCACGCCUGGACCGACUCUGGCAUCACCAGCACCCAUGUGACUUAUCAACUUCAGAGCAAAGACGCCACUCUCUUCGACCGCCUUCGCAACCAAUGUUACGCUCGUGCCAGCACCGGCACCCGCUGGUGUGACUCACUUGACAACCUCGUCGCCAACAACUUUCCCCAUGCUACCAGCGACCUUCUUCGUCUCGCAUCCACUCUUCACGAGGAUAAAAUUGCAGCCAUGUUAUGGCAGCUGCGCUUCAACUACAAAGACUUGAUGACUACUCUCGCUCGGCCACGUCGAGACAUUACAAGCAAAGAUCAUCCUCCGCCCGGUGUUUGCUGCGACGACGGCUGCAUAAGUUCAUGUGACACCUGGGUCGAGUGUGAUGAAGGCGAAUACUACGUUUCCAUCGACGACGAUUGUGCCAAUUGCCCUUCAGGCAAAUACCAAACGGACAGAGAUCAUAUCAAACGCACAUGCAUCGACAAGACUGCGGCGUGCGACGCUGGCAAGUAUCUUGUUGUGACUUCAUCGUCCAGUGACAAUUACUGUGCCACAUGUUCUGAAGGAAAGUACCAGGCCAGUGCCGGUUAUGCUGGCACCAGCUGCUCAGACAAGCUUGCCACCUGCGGUCUGGGUCAAUAUUUAUCGAUCUCCAACUCGGUCACCCAAGACAACUCGUGUAUCAACUGCCCGGUGCAAACAUCUUACCAAGACCAAGCAUCACAUAGCGAUACCAGUUGCAAGGCCAGAGUAGUGCUGACCUGUGGGCUGGGCCAGCGUCUGGUGUAUGAAGAUGCCACCAUGGAUAAUAGAUGCGUUUCGUGCACGAGUGGUACCUACCAAGAUCAAGCUUCGCAUGCUGAUGUCACGUGCAAACCCCAACGCACCUCGUGCAAUGCUGGUCGCCACUUGAAGCUCGCGGACAACACUGCCGACAACACGUGCACGCGCUGCCCGGCCGCUUGUGAUUCCAGCAAAGGCUACCAUACGACUCAAAGCUCGUCCACGUCUUGUACCACUUGCCCCGCCGGCCAAUACUUGACGUUUGCGUACAGCGCCGACGGUGGUUGUGUGGCCUGUCCAUCUGGCAAGUACCGCAAUGAUGAGGAGCUGGCAGACUGUUUGAAUUGCGGGGCGGGCAGGUAUAGUCGAAAACCUGGUCAGUCCACGUGCAAAACAUGCCCUGCCGGCAAGUAUUCAGACGAUGGGGCCAACGAAGAGUGCCAGGCCUGCUCCGAGGGCAAGUACUCUGGCUCGCAAGCCAGCACCUGCCAGACUUGUCCGACCGGCACCUAUCAACCCAACCAGAGCAGCAGCAACUGUCUUCCCUGCGCUGAGGGUCUGACUGUUCUCGCAGACGGACGUGAUUGCCAAGAUGUUACGCCGCCUGUUAUCCAGGUUCCCCUUGGCCCCAUCGUGACGGAGGUAUUGAAUGCAAGUUUUUCUUUGCCCGCCAUUACGGCUGUUGACGGCUAUGACGGUCCCGUAGCCACCUCCACCCUGGAUAGCUUUGACAUUGCACGCGCAGAAAUUCAACGUCUGAACUACACUGCAGCUGAUGAGGCUGGCAACGCUGCGUGGGCCGUUUUGAUUGUCAAUGUGCUGGCUGCGCAAAAGCCAUCCAUCGUACUGUAUGGAGACGACCCCAUGCAACAGGAAGCGGGUGAGCCGUUUGUCGACCCCUUGGCUACUGUGCACGACUCCCUGGAUCCAAAUAUCGGGGUGCUCAGCGACGCAUCGAGCCAAGUCGAUACAGCCGUCCUGGGCACCUAUACUGUGACCUACCAAGCUGCACGCGCUGACCAUCAAGGCUUGUGGGCCGACCCUGUGACUCGAAAUGUGAUUGUUGAGGAUACCAAGGCACCGGUACUGACGCUUCGAGGAGUGGCCCGGUUUAUCGUGCAAGCCACCUUUGCCUACUUGGAGCCUGGCUUUAGCGCCCAAGAUGCAUUUGAUGGCAACUUGACUGCCAUGGUGAAGCAGUCCCUCGCGAGCGCCCAAGUGGACACACACGUUCCCAGUGGCACAUCGUAUGAAAUUAUGUAUACUGUUUCUGAUCGUGCCGGGAAUGAGGCUUCGCUCGCUCGCACUGUGGUGGUGAUGGACACGUAUCCGCCAAAUAUCCACUUGAACGGCAGUCUGGUGUUAAAUCUUGAAGCUGGCACCAGUUUUGUGGACCCUGGGUAUUGGGCACAUGACUUGCUUGACGGGAAUCGCCCUGUGAGUGUCUCCGGCAGCUACCAAUCCGUUCCUUCAGUUGCAGUGCCCGCCAACUAUACCCUCACAUAUUCCAGCCGCGACGAGGCUGGUAACCUGGGCCAGUCGCACCGCACGAUUCAGGUGGUUGAUACCACCCCACCGGUGAUUGAGACCAUUGGUCAAGUACAAACGCUGGAGGCGGCCCCGCCUACGGGUGUUUAUGAACUCCAACCCGGUUGGUUCGUGGUCACAGACAACUACGUUCAAUUCGGACUCGGAGGGCGCUUGCAAAGUAAUGUGUCAAGCUUGCCCUUGCGACCACCCGCCCUGCCCUACCCGGCCACAGUGCUGCUGACUGUAACUGAUGACAACGACAACACCGGGCAUGCACACCUUGCCGUGCGAAUUGUGGACAGUCUCUCUCCGGUGCUCAACGUUACCGACACGAUAGUUGAGGGUGGCAGCUCCUGGCACGAUGACCAACCCUGGUCUGCUUUGGAUCGCAUGGACGGCGAUGUGCGCCAGCGAGUCCGUCGCACUUCUCUGGCUCUGGUUCAUCUUGGGGGUCAGCUGCUGCCUGAUACGCCCAAUUGCCCCAGCGAAUGGACGCAUUUUGCUUCGGCAGCAUCCCGUGCUGCUCAGACGCAGCGCUGGAAUGUUCUUCUCAACAAUAGUUGGGAUGCCGUUUACACACAAGCUCCCAAUGGCAGCACCUUUGUGCUAGACUAUGGCGUGACCGAUGCCGCCGGCAAUUCAGGCACAGCCCAACGUCGUGUGACCAUUCGCGACACGCAGCCCCCAAUCAUUGAUGCGCCUGCCAGCCCGGUGCUGCUGGAAUACGGGACGAUCAUGCGCCAGUACUCAGAUCCGGCCACGGCAUGGGAUGCCCUUGAUGGUGACUUGACCGCUUUUCUAUGCUACACGAUUCGAGCUUUCGAUUUUGGAGGCAGUAUUUUGCAGCGCGUGCCAGCCAAUGCCGUCGAUGGGCAACUUCUUCCCGCGAGUCCACAAAAUUGGAGCACGCUGGUGUCUGCGGCGCAAGUAGCUCAAGACGGGACCUUGUUUGCACAGCACGUAAACUGGAGCCGGGUUACGGCGGCAGACUACCCCGUCAACACACAGCUGCAUGUGCAAUAUUCGGUUACAGAUGGUGCAGCCUGGACCACUACGCAUCAGCGCUGGCUCAAGGUGGUGGACACCACCCCACCUGUUAUCAACGUGUACCCUGCGUCCAGCACGGUGCCAUUUGGGACCCGAUUACCCCUCACCUGGCACGAGGCCUUGGAUAAUCAUGACGGCAAUAUUUCACGGUACACGGUGGUGGAAGGCCGCCAGACGCUCAGCGUGACCCAGGUGGGAAGACAUUAUGUCAAUUACACUUGUCAAGAUCAAUUUGGCAAUGUGGCCACCACCGUGCAAACGAUCGUGGUGGACCCGUUUGAGCGGCCCUCGCUAGAGUACAUCGUUCGUGUUACCUACAAAACUCCACCAGCGUCUGCGCCAACUGCCGCGGUACUCCAGGCGACGCUGCGAAGUAAGACCAAAGAGCCAUUUGCUUUUGUCGUGGGUCGUGAGGCUGGUAACACAGCUGAACCGGACAUGUUCAAUGCACUGCCGGACGCGCGCGCGCUGGCGCAAGACCAGUCUGUAGCGCAGUCGCGGCGGCAACUGCUUGGCUCAGCGGAAGAAACAUAUUUUUACGUCUGCAUUCGGGAUCAGAGCUCGCUAGAGUGGAUAUCGGGCGAAGAUUUUGCGCUGCGACUGCGUGAUCAGUUGAGCAGCGAUCCCAACGUGGUGGACGUGACGCCCUCGGAGGAACCGACUUCUACAUCCUCCAGCAAUGCGAGUGCCACCACUGUCAUGGUUGGUGUCAUUGUGCCGGUUGUCCUGUUGGUGCUCGUAGUUGCUGCUGUACUCUAUCGACGCCAUGGAGGGGGUCGAGCUGCCAGCGGCAAGCGAGAUGCACAGCAAGUUGGCCAGGCGGUGGUGUCACUUGACGAAAGCAGCACAGGCAUGAUGGAAAACCCCGUGUACCGUCCCAGCAUGUCCAGCAACUCUUACGAAGCCAUGUAUGGCGUGGGCAGCCGGGACGAGGCCAGCACGUAUGGUGUAGUUGGCGCCUCAGCCAUGACCAUUUCAAACUCCUUGGAUUCCAGGACCGAUGGCACGUACGCAAAUGCUCAUGGUUUCCAGAGCGAAUUUCCAGAGGCGUCCUUCAGUUUGAACACAACGGGCGGGGUGCAACUUGGUGACAGGUCGCGACAAUUGCCCGAAAGUGAUACCGAUGGGGCCUUUAUUUCCAUGACUCAAGAUACUUAUGACAUGCCUAACGCCAGUGAAACAGACGGGCCUGGCGACUAUGACAUGCCCAAUGCUCAGGAGCUCGCGACGAGCGCUCUGCAACACAUGUAUGCAACACCAUAUGAGCCACCGACUCAAGCAAUGUCAGCCGAGUAUGCCUCACCCUACGAACCAGCUGGUUCUACACUUGCCGAGUAUGCCUCACCGUACGAACAGCCUUCCAGCUCUACGCCGCCCGAGUACGCUGUGCCAGACCACGCGACGCCGAGCACACAGCUGUACAACGUCUUCCGCAGCGCUGGGAACAGUUCGCAUGGCUCAGUUGGCUCCAUCCCUCAAGCGACCCACUCAGAGAGCUAUGAACAACCUGUGGUGCAGGCUCAAGAAGGCGACCGGUAUGAGGAACCCGUCGUCCAAGCUCAAGAAGGCGACCGGUAUGAGGAACCCGUCGUCCAACCUCAAGAAGGCAAUCGAUACGAGGAACCUGUCGUCCAAGCUCAGGAGGGUGAUCGAUAUGAGGAACCGGUUGCAGGGGCCCGGGAGCAUGGCGGUUAUGAAGAGCCUACGCAGCAGGGUCCAAUGACGAGCGGUCCAGUGUAUGCACAGCCCGUGACCCCGGCUGCAUUCGCUUUUGGCGACGAAGCGACUGCUGCCGAGGAGCACUUGUACGGUGUGGGAACGGGGCCGGCCGACACGGCACCGGUUGAGGAAGCUAUGUAUGGCACGACCGAAGUCAGUGUCCCGCUUGCUGUGCAAGUGCAGGCACAUUCCACGUACGUGGAAAAUUUGCCUCGUGAGAAGGUAGAGCGUAUGCUGAAGGGUCGUACGCCCGGCUCCUUUUUCAUGCGCCACAGCGCCAACAACGACAAGUACGUGGUCUCCGCCUUGGUCGCGGCAAAGCAAGCCACGCAUUACGUGGUGGAACAGCAAGGUCAGACUUGGACGUUCAACAAUGAACCCGUUCCAGGUGUAACGAGCCUGAGUGAGUUGCUGCACCGUCUGUCUGAGACUGAUAACAGCCUGAGUAAGAUUGUGCUGCGCUCAGCAGCGUGGCUUUCGCGAGAUGUGCCACCUUCGAUGCAAGCUCACCUAGCACUAGAACAGCAGCCAUGGUUUCAUGGCCAGCUCAGCCGCGACGCGACGGAAAACAUGCUGCAUACAGCCUCAAAGGAUGGUGCAUGGCUGCUGCGCGAGCGUCGUUCGGCAUCAUAUGCCUUAUCGCUGAUUCGCGCGGGAACAGUGACACACCAUCUGCUAGAGUUUGAUCAACAAGGCUUUGUCACGGUGAAUGGCACUCGGCUGCAGCCGCGACGGCGAACGAUGGAGGCGGCCAUGAGCCUGCUUCUGCUUCAACCACCUUUACUCAGCAACAUUGUCCUUUCCCAACCCGUUGAAAAGUCCUAA